CCCGCGGAGAGCAACAACACGCAGUCCGGCGAGUACCGCGCGGCGCUGUAGAUUCGAUAUUCGACCGGUGAUCGCGACGGACGCUCUGUAAUCAUAUAUUAUAUUAUCAUUAAUAAUAAUACCAGUCGUGCACCUUUUCGUUACCUUUUCUCUAAUAUAUUUUAUCGUUUUACGUCGGUUCGAUUUUUUUUUUUUUUUGAUUUUGAUUUUCGUUCAUACACGACAAUACUCGAGUUUUCUCAUCGUCCACAGAUAUUAUAUAUGUAUAAAUGUAUAAUAAUUAAAUUAAUAUAAUACCGUGAUUGUUCUCUGUUGGUUAUUUUUCAUCGGUUUUUAACUUUUUAAGAUUUUAUUCGGCUGCGCCAAACGUAACAAAAUUACAAAUUACAAUAUUAUUAUUGUUACAUUACAUUAUAGUAUACGUCGUGCGUUCGUGAAUAUUAUACCUGAUCGCGAUAUUUUCAUCCGCGUGUAUAAUACAAUCAUCAUAAAUCGCAAUAUUUCAAUUUAAUAUUUAUAUAUUAAAUAAUAUCAUAUUAUUGUGUCACGGAGUUCCGCGGCGGGCAUGGAUUGCAAGAGUUUAACGAUUAGAAAAGCUCCGCGCACGUUGCAGUAGAUAGGUCAAGCAAUGGGCCUCGAUGGGGCCAAGGCGUUAAUGAUCUUUAUUAUUUACGCGUUAAGGCUUCAACAGAAGGCUUACGCGGACAUUAAAGUGGGUAACGCCAUCAACGUAUUUAAUCGUUAUGGAUACUUUAGCAUAAGUAUGAGAGUGGUCCCCAGAAAUGACACUGAUCAUUCAUGGAUAUUCAGAGAACCCACGGUAGACGUGUUUAUGAACUUACCGGAAAAACAAAGUCUUAAAAGAAGCAUCGGAGGAGGAGGUGGUCAAGUCUUCCAAGGGGACUUCCACAUGGAAUUUUGUGAUAAUGUUAAACAAUUAUUGCAAGCCUAUUUUAGAGAUUUUUCCGUAGAAAGGCUGGAGAAACCGUGGCAGGCGUUUACGGGUAGUUGGUCCAAAUUUACGUUGGCUAGAAAUUUAGGUUUAGACGUGUCUUAUGUAACCGGAGAUCAUUGUUAUGUUCUCGUCAGGGUGGCUAGGCAUAGGGAGACUGCCAAUUUAGCAAUGGAUAUGGAGAGCACUGACCUUCACGAGCCAGUGGCCAAACAGGUGGCCUCUGUUAAUGUCGGCGAUAGUUUGUCGGUCAUUGAAUUCGUCAGGAGUUUUGGAUCUCAUUACGUGACGUCAUAUGUCACAGGCAAUUCUCUCUAUCAGGUGUAUGUAUACGCUCCAAACGCUUACAAAGUCAUUAAAGAACGUUUAAAAACAAAAGGCGUGUCACAGAUCUCCAACCAAGAGUUGAUUGGAUACUUUUCACCAUGGUAUGCAGAACAUGUGGGUAAAAUACAAUCAGCCAGUGGUAAUGCGACGGUUGAAAAUUGGGCACACCAAAAACUAAGAGUGAAAUUUUUUGUGUUUGGCUUUGCCUCAUUACUGAAAUUACACGGAGACACAAAACUAUUAAGUGAACUAAAUGGAAUGUUAGGCAAUGAAGCAUUACUUAAGCUCGACUUAAAAACCUUGGCGCCGGCUUUUAAGGACAUUCAAAAACGAGCUUGGUUCCAUGAAGUAAUGGAUAAUAAUUUAAAAUUAUGGGAAGUUAAUAUGUAAUAAAAAUAAUUCCUAAAAACUCAAUAUUACAAUGUAUUUAUUAUAGUAGUUUUACUAAUUUCUUAGCAAGGUACUACCACCUUUCGCUCAAAUGCCAAAUACUAAUGUACCUAAAAACAUUACCUAUAUAAUAUAUCUUUAUAUUAUGUUUUCUUGUUGAGCAACAAGUAUUGUAUUAUAAAUAAUUAUUGAUCAUAUAUGUUUUUAAUAAAGUCUUUAUUUAUAUAAGUUACAAAUAAAAAUUAUUGUCAUUAGUUUUUA